AUGAUUGAGGAACCGGUAGCCAUACUUGGAAGGAAGCAAAAGAAGCUACACCGGAAAUUGAUUGACCUUGUGUUGAUCAAAUGGAAGCACACUCAUGGUGAAAGCCUAACGUGGGAAACGGAAUCCGUGAUGAAGGAGAAGUAUCCAGAGUUGUUCAUUUCUGAUGAGAUUCCGGGGAUGGAAUCCUUUAAGGGGGAGACAUCAUGGUUAACACUCGUACUAACAGUCGACGUAAGAGAGCAGCUCCAAGCAAUGGCCAAUCGAAUCGAAAUGGGGCUGGAAAUGAUGUCAACCAAAGGCCUCCUCGAAGGCCACUUCCGAAUUGAGGGUAUUCGAGCUCUCUUGUUAAGGAAUGAGGAGGAAUUGGCUCAAUUGAGGGCUGAAAAGGAAGCAAGCUUGCAAAGGAACGAGCACACGGAUGGAAACUAUUCCAAUCGCUCGAAUCGUGUUGAGAUAUCUGCUGGAAGGUCAUUGGUUGCUCCUAGUAAUGAGGUAGCUGAAGGGAAUGGUGUGGAAAAUGGGGUGGAGCCUCGUGUUAUGGCUGCUCCUCGUGUCCAUAACUUUAAAUAUGAAAGCUUUAAGAAGUGUGGUGCUAAGGAAUUUGAUGGCACACUUGAUGCAGUGGGUGCCAUGGAAUGGCUGACUGAUAUUGAAGUGGUUUUUGCUUCGUGCUACUGUCCGGAUGAUAUGAAGGUGUUAUGUGCUACCCGUGUGUUAACAAAGAAUGCUCGCAACUGGUGGAGAUCAACUACUGUUUCCUUGACUCCUGAGGUGCUUGCUGCUAUGCCUUGGGGUACAUUCAGGGAAAAUUUUUUGGAAGAAUAUGUGGGUACACGUGAGUUAAGAUUGAUCGAGAAGGAAUUCAGAGCUUUGACUGCUAAGCCAGGUGCCAUAGGUGAGUAUGCCCGUUCAUUUACAGAAAAGCUCCAGUUUGUAGGUCGUAUGGUACCAAGAGAGAUAGAUCAGAUCGAAGCUUACUGUGAUGGUCUUCCUGCCAGCUAUCGCGGCCUUUGUAGGCAACACACUACGUUGUCUGCCGCUAUUAAGGAGUCUAAGAGGUUCAAUGGGUCUUCGAAUUCUAAUAAGAGGUUCAAAGGUAGUUCUACUUCGAAUGGGGAUAAGGAUAAGAAAAAGAGUAGCACAUGGUGUUCAGCUUGCAAGACCUAUCAUGAGGGUCCAUGUCCUGACAAGACCAAGAGGUGUGAUAAGUGUGGUAGUCCGGGGCACGCUGCAGUUGAUUGUAAAGACAAGGCUCGUUGUUACAAGUGUAAAGAAACGGGUCAUAAGAUUGCUGAUUGUCCUCAGAUGAAGAACGAUGGAAAGAAGACGGUUGCUCCAAAGCCAAAAGUUCAUGCCCUUCAGAUGACAGUGGAAGCUGCUAAGGAUAACGAUGAGGUAGUAAGCGGUACUUUUCUUGUUAAUUCAAAACCUGCUUCUGUUCUUUUUGAUUCGGGUGCAAAUAGGUCUUUUGUGUCUACAUUGUUUGCUCCUAAGCUCGGAAGAGUUACUACUCCUCUUGAUUGCUCCAUAGAAGUAGAAGUUGCUAACGGUACUAUUAGUGAUAUACGUGUGGGCUACGAUGAUUGUUCUAUUGAGAUUGAAGGUCGUGCCUUUCCAGUCCAACUAUUACCUACUACUCUUGCUGGCUUUGAUGUAGUGAUAGGUAUGGACUGGUUAUCUCAAAAUAAUGCCACUAUUAUUUGUUCCCAAAAGAUCGUGAGUUUUCCUACUCCUGAUGGUAAGAUCAUUUCUGUGUAUGGUGAUAAGAAAAGAGGAACCAUAAAGAUCAUCAAUAUGAUGAAAGCUCUCAAGUGUAUCCGACAGAACAAGAGUCAUUUUCUUGCCUAUGUCAUUGAUGCACGAAAAGAAAAGUCUUCCAUUUCUAAUGUUGAAGUAGUUUCUGAAUUUUCUGAUGUGUUUCCGGAUGAUCUUCCCGGUAUUCCUCCUGACCGUGAGGUCACUUUUCAAAUUGAACUCGUACCCGGUGCUACUCCUGUUGCAAAAGCACCUUAUCGAUUAGCUCCUACAGAAAUGAAGGAGUUAAUGACUCAACUUCAAGAUUUACUUGACAAAGGUUUCAUACAACCAAGUUCCUCGCCUUGGGGAGCUCCGGUUCUCUUUGUUAAGAAGAAACAUGGUUCUAUGCGCAUGUGCAUAGACUACCGUGAGUUGAACAAGCGAACGGUUAAGAAUAAGUACCCUCUCCCACGCAUUGAUGAUCUCUUUGAUCAACUCCAUGGUGCUUCUUACUUCUCCAAGAUUGAUUUACGGUCCGGCUAUCAUCAAUUAAAGGUCAAAAAGGAAGAUGUAGCUAAAACAGCUUUUCGCACUCGAUAUGGGCAUUAUGAGUUUCUUGUCAUGCCAUUUGGGUUGACAAAUGCUCCAGCCGCUUUAUGGAUUUAA